AUCAUCACUUCUUCUAUCAACACAACAUAAAAAAAUCUUCUCUCUCAUCACCACUACUUUCUCUCUCAUCUGCAACUCAAAACUCACUUCGAUCUGAGCUCGUUAAUGGCGGUUUUUCCUCAGAUCUGAACCUAUUUCACCUACCACACACACUAACUACUUCACCGGCUCACCGGACUCCUUUUCCGGCACCUUUUCAACCGUUUUUUCACUUUUUCCGGAGAUGUUUCCACAACAAGUGCUAUAGCACGUGUUUGACUGUUUUCGUCUUUCAUUUCACAGUAACAACCUCACCUCAGAGUCUACUGGUUCAUCGGACACUUUUCCGGCUAGAUUUCGCAUGGUUUAACUGUUUUCCGGUGAGUUUUUGCACUUUUUAACCGUUUUUUCACCUUUUUCGGCGAUGUUUCUAGAAGAAGUGCUGGAACGCGUGUAAGUAGUGUGACAACCUCACAUCAGAGUUAACCUGUUCACCGGACACCUUUUCCGGCCAGAUUUCGCACUUUUUUACCGUUUUCCGGCGAGUUUUCGCACUGUUUAACGGUUUUUUUCGGCGAUGUUUCCAGAAGAACUGCUAGAACACGUGUAACAACCUUACAUCAGAGUUAACCUGUUCACCGGCCAGAUUUCGCACUUUUUAACCGUUUUACGGCGAGUUUUCGCACUGUUUAACGGUUUUUUUUCCGGCGAUGUUUCCAGAAGAGGUGUUGGAACACGUGUUUUCGUUUUUGAACUCGCAUACGGACCGCAAUACGGCGUCGUUGGUGUGUAAAUCAUGGUAUGAGAUGGAACGGUGGUGCCGGAAACGUGUGUUUAUUGGAAAUUGUUACGCUGUAAACCCUAGGGUUGUGAUUAGGAGGUUUCCGGAGGUGAAAUCGGUUGAGUUGAAAGGGAAACCGCAUUUUGCGGAUUUUAAUUUGGUGCCGGAAGGGUGGGGAGGGUAUGUGUAUCCGUGGAUUGUGGAGAUUGCUAGGGCGUAUCCGUGGUUGGAGGAGAUUAGGUUGAAACGGAUGGUUGUUACGGAUGAGUGUUUGGAGAUUGUGGCGAAAUCGUUUCGGAAUUUUAGGGUUUUGGUAUUGGAGUCAUGUGAGGGGUUUAGUACUGAUGGAUUAGCUGCUGUUGCUGCUAAUUGCAGAAAUCUAAGAGUACUCGAUUUACGUGAGUGUGAAGUUGAAGAACUAAGUGGACAUUGGCUGAGUCACUUCCCUGACUCAUUUACCUCACUAGAAUCUCUUAACAUGGCUUGUUUGGGUUCCGAGGUUAGUUUCUCAGCCCUCGAACGGUUGGUUGCCAGGUCACCCAAUUUGAAAACCCUUCGACUAAACCGCACCGUACCCAUUGAGAAACUUUCGACACUCUUACAACGUGCCCCGCAGCUCGUUGAUUUUGGAACGGGUGCUUACUCAGCUGAAAUCCGGCAAGAUGUUUAUUCACGUUUAGCAGAUGCUUUUUCACGCUCUAAGAAUCUUAAAAGCUUAUCAGGGUUUUGGGAUGUGACUCCAGCUUAUCUUCCAGCUAUAUACUCUGUGUGCUCUCAGCUUACUUCUUUAAAUUUGAGCUAUGCAGCUACUCGAAGUCCUGAUCUUACGAAGAUUGUUAGUCAAUGUUACAAUUUGCAGCGUCUAGUGGUGUUAGAUUACAUAGAGGAUACGGGCCUAAACACCGUUUCUAUGUCAUGUAAAGAUCUACGAGAACUGGUGGUUUUCCCAUCCGACCCAUUUGUCGGCGAAGUAGACGUACUUUUAACCGAACAAGGUCUUGUUUCAGUUUCACAAGGUUGCUCCAAACUCCAAUCGGUUUUAUAUUUCUGUCACCAAAUGUCAAAUUCAGCGUUAAUUUCAAUCUCCAAAAACCGUCCCAACCUAACCUGCUUCCGUUUAUGCAUUAUCGAACCCCGUGUCCCGGAUUACGUAACACAUGAACCCCUAGAUGUCGGCUUCGGUUCCAUAGUUGAAAACUGCAAACAGCUUACACGCCUUUCAAUGUCAGGCCUUCUCACAGACCGCGUAUUUGAAUACAUCGGGACCCACGCUAAAAACCUGGAUAUGCUUUCAAUAGCUUUCGCAGGGGACAGUGAUUUAGGGCUGCAUCAUGUUUUAUCCGGGUGUGAUAGUUUAAGGAAGUUGGAGAUUCGAGAUUGCCCGUUUGGCGAUAAAGCUUUGCUUGCGAAUGCUUCAAAGUUGGAGAAAAUGCGAUCCCUUUGGAUGUCUUCGUGUUUGGUUAGUUUUGGAGCGUGUAAAUUACUUGGUCAGAAAAUGCCUGGUUUAAACGUUGAAGUUAUUGAUGAACGCGAAAAUGUAAACUCGCUACCCGAAUACGUGCCGGUUGAAAAGGUUUAUAUUUACAGAACGGUUUCUGGUCAAAGGUUUGACACCCCGGAUUUUGUACGUAUAAUGGGUAAAGAUAAAGACGACCUGUACAAUCUUUCAUGAGGUUCUCGGAUAAAGGGUUGAAGGUUGCUGUCCUGUUCUGUUCCAAUUUUGGUACAUUUAGACCCUGCUGCUGCACUCGGUCUAGGAGUUUGUAGAAUGUAUUUGUAGUAUUAGUUUUAUUUUUAAUAAAGAUUCUUGUAACAGUAUAAUGUUGUGAUCAAAAUUAUCUUAGUAACCCAAAUAACUUGAAUAUUCAUUAUAUUUUGUUGGUGUUCG